AUGGACGCUGCGCGGGACUCGGGAGGGAGGGUGAUCAUCAUCCGUCAUGGGGCUGGUCCUUCCAAUGACACCGAGACGCGGAAAUGGAUGGCUCUGCGAGUCUCGGUGGAGUCCGCAUACCCGAGCCUCCCCGACUUGUUUGCCAACUUCAUCUCCAGUCCAGGUACCGAUUACCAACCGAUGGCCGAGGCUGGUGGCAUGUUGCUGCCAUACGAAAUCCUCAAAGAUGGCGCAACGCGGUCGAUAGCCCAAACUAGCUGCUUCGGUCAAUCUGUCGGGAGCAUACGGUUGCUUCCUCAUCCUUCGCCGCCCUGCGAGGCGCCGCCAACGCAGCAACGGCAGCUAAACCGUUUUGGAUGCGGGAAGCCGGCGUCAAAUGUACAUCUCCCGCCCAUGUCUCACCAAAGUUCGAAUAGAGACAUACGGAAGGAGGAUGCCACAUUGUUUCACAGCAAAGUUGCUGCGUAA